CAAGAUGCGAAAGAUAUUGAUAUUCUUAAAAACCAUCUAUCAAAACUAUUGCAGGCAAUCAAUGAUAUAAACAAAAAUACUAAUGCUUUUGUAAUAGAGCUAAAACAGAAAAAAGCUGGAGCCCUUGAAAAAGUUACAGUUAAAAAGGAUGGAAAAUAUGAAAAAUCGGAAGCUUUGAAAAAAAUUCUGAGAGAUAUUAAAAUUAAAGAAAAUUACAGAUAUUCUAACUGCAAAAAAAAUCACAUAAAAUUAGCUACUGAAACGUUUCUAAACACUUUACAAGAAACCAAGAAUAAAAUGGCUCUUGAAAGGGUUACGCAAUUUGAAAAAAUCAAAGGAGAGGUUAAAUCAAUAUCAAGAGAUAUUCAACAAAAAGCAUGA